AUUAAAAUUAAUUGAACCCGCCCAUUGUUUUAAGCAACGCCCUGUAUUUAUGCCUCCAUUUAUGCUCUAUACAAGAAGCCGUUAACUUACCACUGCUUGCUUUCUUAAUAAAGUACUGCCAAACAACCCUUUUCCAUUAAACAAUAAACAAUUUGUUCUGAGAUUACCCUAGUUUUGAGAGAGUUGCUUUCUCAAAACGUGUUGAACCUCCCUUUCCAGCUCUUAAAUCUGACUUUGCCUUUGCUUGGUGAAAGUUACACAGGUUCCAACUGAGGAAAAUGGUGAAGAUCUGCUGCAUUGGAGCUGGGUAUGUUGGUGGCCCUACGAUGGCAGUGAUAGCAUUAAAAUGCCCCACAAUUGAGGUAGCAGUUGUUGAUAUAUCUGUCUCCAAGAUCUUAGCCUGGAAUAGUGACCAACUUCCCAUAUAUGAGCCUGGUCUUGAUGAAGUAGUGAAGCAAUGUAGAGGAAAGAAUCUAUUUUUCAGCACAGAUGUUGAAAGGCACGUUUCAGAGGCUGACAUAAUCUUUGUUUCAGUUAACACUCCAACGAAAACUCGAGGCCUUGGAGCUGGCAAAGCUGCAGAUCUCACGUAUUGGGAGAGUGCAGCCCGAAUGAUUGCUAAUGUAUCAAAAAGGGACAAGAUUGUUGUUGAAAAAUCAACUGUUCCAGUUAAAACAGCAGAGGCAAUAGAAAAGAUCCUUACUCACAACAGCAAGGGAAUCAACUAUCAAAUUCUCUCAAAUCCAGAGUUCCUUGCUGAGGGUACUGCUAUUAAAGAUUUAUUUAACCCUGACCGGGUUCUCAUAGGAGGGAGAGAAACUCCAGAUGGUCUCAAGGCAAUUCAGGCUUUGAAGAGUGUAUAUGCCCAGUGGGUGCCUGAAGAAAGAAUUCUCACCACCAAUCUGUGGUCAGCAGAGCUCUCAAAGUUAGCUGCUAAUGCAUUUCUGGCCCAAAGGAUCUCAUCCAUCAAUGCCAUGUCAGCACUCUGUGAGGCUACUGGUGCAGAUGUGUCACAGGUAUCCCACGCCGUUGGAACAGAUACUAGAAUUGGACCCAAGUUCCUAAAUGCGAGUGUUGGUUUUGGUGGAUCAUGUUUUCAGAAGGACAUUCUCAAUUUGAUUUAUAUUUGUGAAUGCAAUGGCUUGAAUGAAGUUGCAAGCUACUGGAAACAAGUGAUAAAGGUCAAUGACUACCAAAAGAACCGAUUUGUGAACCGGGUUGUCUCUUCAAUGUUCAAUACAGUUUCAGGAAAAAAGAUAGCGAUCCUUGGCUUUGCUUUCAAAAAGGAUACAGGUGACACAAGGGAAACUCCUGCAAUUGAUGUUUGCAAGGGACUUUUAGGGGACAAGGCAAAACUGAGUGUAUAUGAUCCACAAGUAACUGAGGAUCAGAUUCAAAGGGACUUAUCUAUGAACAAGUUUGAUUGGGACCAUCCAAUCCACUUGCAGCCAGUGAGCCCAACUGCGGCAAAAGAAGUUAGUUUCGCUUGGGACCCGUAUGAGGCGACUAAAGAUGCUCAUGGAGUCUGCAUUCUAACUGAAUGGGAUGAAUUCAAGACUCUUGAUUUCCAAAGGAUAUUUAAACAAAUGCAAAAACCUGCAUUUGUUUUUGAUGGAAGAAAUGUUGUUGAUGUUCAAAAGCUGAGGGAGAUUGGAUUCAUAGUGUAUUCCAUUGGAAAACCACUGGAUCCAUGGCUCAAGGAUAUGCCUGUUAUGGCAUAGAAGUCCUCAGGAUAUAAAAGAUGGAGUCUCUCCAAGAGAUGAAAGAUUUAUGAUCAAUCCUUUUUCUGAUAUUCAUUGUUUUUUUUUUUUUUUUUACUUGCAAGUUGAUUCACAUUUUUAUAAUUGUUUUGAGAGUUAACCCUGACGUUUAUAUAAAAUUUACUUCGUUUUUAAAGGUACUCCUAUAUAAUAGUUGAUCAA